AUGAUUCAGGAGAACACGAUGGCUCCGGAGCAUGCUACGUCCUCGGGCCCGGCGCCUCGGUCGUUGCAUGAUGUCCCGUACGACUCCUUGCCAGACAAGUACCGAGUAUGGCCGGGCAAGCCCGGCUCCAGGGAAGAAGGCCUCGGACGCCUCGUGCUGCUCACGCCCGAGAUCGUCGCCGAAGCAGCCAGGCGUUGCAUUCAGACAGGCGUCCGCGUCUCGCUCAACUGGGACCUUACCAAGCUAGACACUGCCAACUUCAGCCGUUCCCCCGCCCAGCACCACAUCUUCUCCCUGCUCGGGGGCAAGGCAUUUGACGAUGUCUACAUCUUCAACCCCCAACAGUCGACCCAGUGGGAUGGCCUCCGCCACUUCUCGGCACCGUUUCCCACGGAGGAGAACCCGGCACAGCGGUUGUAUUACGGUGGGACGACGGCCAUGGAGAUUACGCACCGCGCCAACCAUCGCAUUGGCAUCCAGCACUGGGCCACGGAGGGCAUCUGUGGCAGGGGCGUGCUGCUUGACUACGUCGCAUAUGCCGAGAAGCACUCCAUAACGUACAGCCCUCUGUCACAACACGGGAUCCCGCUCCGAGUCUUGAAGCAGAUGGCCUGCGACCAGGGAAUUGAGUUCCGCCGCGGCGACAUCCUCUUCAUCCGGACGGGCCUGACGAAGCUAUGGGAUACCCAAAUGACCCCAGCCGACAAGGUGGCCUAUUCGCACGACCCCAUCCCCCGCCACGCCGGCGUCGAGGGGACCGAGGAAAUGUUGCGCUGGCUCUGGGACGAAGGAUUCGCGGCCGUGGCGGGAGACUCCAUUUCGUUCGAGGUGUACCCGCCGCUGGAGUCGUAUCCCAGAGAGGACCAGGACGAUGAGCCCGGACUGUUUCUGCACGAGCGUCUCCUCGCCGGCAUGGGGGUUCCUAUUGGUGAGCUCUUUGACCUCGAGGAGCUCAGCCGCACGUGUCGAGGCCUUGGCCGCUGGGAGUUUUUCGUCACCAGCUCGCCCCUGAACAUGCCGGGGGGCGUGAGCAGCCCGCCCAACUGCCUGGCAUUGUUUUGA